GGAUGAAGCGUCCUCUCAGCGCCCGGAGCUCAGGGUUUAGGAGCUGUUGCUGUGGACGGAGAGACGGGAUCUUGAGCGGCCAUUGAAGGCAGCCAUGGUGCCAGUGAGCCCCUCUCCCAUCUGCUCGGUUGCGGGCUGAGCUUCAGUAGAGGACCACAUGACGGGGCACAACAUGGAGAAAAGUUAUGAGUGCGACGUGUGUGGCAUGGCCUGGCCAUACCCGAGCCACCUGGAGGUCCACCGGCGGGUGCACACGGGAGAACGCCCCUUCGACUGCUCAGAGUGCGGCAAGAAUUUCACCCGCUACAACAAUCUGCUGCGGCACAACCGUGUGCACUCCGGCGAGAGGCCCUUCACCUGCUCCGACUGUGGCAAGAGCUUCAAGACGACGAAUGAGCUGAAGAUCCACCGACGGGUGCAUACCGGCGAGAAGCCCUAUGGCUGCACCACCUGUGGCAAGUGCUUUGCCUGGUUUUCGGGGCUGCGGGCGCACCAGCAGGUGCACAACAGUGAGCGGCCCUUCACCUGCUCCGACUGCGGCAAAGGCUUCAAGUCGUCCACGGAUCUGAAAGUGCACAGGCGCCUACACACUGGAGAGCGGCCCUACACCUGCAGCAACUGCGGCAAGGGCUUCACCCGCUCCAACAGCCUGCUGGGGCACCAACGCACCCACACCGGCGAGCGCCCCUACACCUGCGCCCAGUGCGGUAAGGGCUUCACACGGUCGACCAAGCUACUGUCCCACUUGCAGAUGCACGCUGGCGACCGUCCCUUCCCCAGCCCAGUGUGUGGAGAGCACUUUGCCAUAGCUUCCCAUGCCCUGUCUCACCAGCGCGUGCACACCAGUGGCCAUCCCUAUGACUGCCCGUACUGCGGUGAGACGUUUGACAGCUCACAGGGGUUGCGGCAGCACCAGCGGGUCCAUGCUGGUGAGCGGCCGCACCCACUGCGGCAAGCGUUUCAAGAGCGCAUGGGGGCUGCGGGAGCACCAGUGGAUGCACAGGCCAUGAUGGAGAAGGUGAAGACAGACUCUACGAUGGCAGUAUAAAAAUGGACCAUCAUUGCCUAUGGCAGAUUGUGUUUUCUCAGCUGCCACAGGAAGUACAUCCUCUGUUGGGCCUUUUUGACGAGUCGAUGGUGGCCUCCCAUAGAUCUAUCCACCAAUGAUCUGUUCUACAUUUUCCUUGAACUCCAUUCCCUUGGUCAUGUUUUCACUCAAUGCAACAAUGGCAGGUAUUUCUGGGAAUAAUGCAAAAGGAGCAGGAUCAGCUCAUUCCAAAGAGGUAGAAAGAUUCCAAGGGGAGUAAGGGAUGACCGUGGCUGACAUGGGAAGUCAAGAACAGUAUAAAAACAAAAGAGAAGAAUUAUAACAUGGCAAAGAUGAGUGGGAAGCCAGAGGAUUUGGCGAAUUUUACAGAGCAACAGAAGAUAACUAACAAGGCAGUGCGAGGAGAAAAGAUGAGGUACAAAGCUAAGCUAUCCAAGAAUAUGAAGGAGGAUAGUAAAAGCUUAUUUAGGUAUGUGAAGAGGAAAAAAAUCGUUAAGACCAAAGUUGGGCCAUUGAAGACUCAAACAGGUGAAUUUAUUAUAGGGAACAAGGAAAUGGCAGAUGAGUUGAACAGGUAUUUUGAAAAUAUCUUCACUAAGGAACACACAAUCUACCUGAUCUACUAGUUCUAGGGUGACGGAGGAACUGAAAAAAAUUCACAUCAGGCAGGAAAUGGGUUUUGUAGACGGAAGGGUAAUUAAAUCCCCAGGGCCUGAUGGUCUGCAUCCCAGGGUAUUUAAUGAAGUGGCUCUAAAAAUCGUGGACGCACUGGUGAUUAUUUUCCAAUUUUCUAUAGAUUCAGGAUCAGUUCCUGUGGAUUGGAGGGUAGCUAAAGUUAUCCCACUUUUUAAAGAAAUGCGGGAGAGAGAAAACAGGGAAUUUUAGACCAGUUAGCCUGACAUCGGUGGUGGGAAGAUGCUGGAGUCAAUUAUAAAAGAUGAAAAAGCAGCACAUUUGGAUAGUAGUAACAGGAUCGGUCCGAGUCAACAUGGAUUUACGAAGGGGAAAGCAUGCUUGACUGAUAUUCUGGAUUUUUUGGGGGAUGUAAUUUGGAAAGUGGACAAGAGAGUGCCAGUGGAUGUGGUGUACCCAGACUUUCAGAAAACAUUUGAUAAGGUCCCUCAUAGGAGAUUAGUGGACAAAAUUAGAGCACAUGGUAUUGGGGAUAGGGUACUGACAGGGAUAGAAAACUGGUUGCCUUACAGGAAACAAAGAGCAGGGAUUAACGCGUCCCUUUCAGAAUAGUAACUGGUGGGGUACCGCAAGGCUCGGUGCUGGGACCGCAGCUGUUUACAACAUGCAUUGAUCAUUUAGAUGAAGGGAUUAAAAGUAACAUUAUCAAAUUUGUAGAUGACACAAAGCUGGAUAGCAGUGUGAGAACUGUGAGGAGGAUAUUAUGAGGAUGCAUGGUGACUUGGACAGGUUGGGUGAGGGGGCAGGUGCAUGGCACAUGCAGUUUAAUGUGGAUAAAUGUGAGGUUACCUACUUUGGUGGCUAAAACAGAAAGGCAGAUUACUAAUUAAAUGGUGUCAAGUUGGAAAAAGGAGAAAUAUAAUAGUAUCUGGGGGUCCUUGUUCAUCAGUCAAUGAAAGUAAGCAUGCAGGUACAGCAGGCAGUGAAGAAAGCGAAUGGCAUGUUGGCCUUUCAAACGAGGCGUUGAGUAUAGGAGCACAGAGGUCCUGCAGUUGUAUAGGACCCUAGUGAGACCACACUGGAGUAUUGUGUGCAGUUUUGGUCUCCAAAUUUGAGGAAGUACAUUCUUGCUUUUGAGGGAGUGCAGCAUAGGUUCACGAGGUUAAUUCCCAGGCUGGCAGAUUGUUAUAUGUUGAUAGGAUGGAACGACUGGGCUUGUAUACUCUGGAAUUUAGAAGGAUGAGAGGGAAUCUUAUUGAAACAUAGAACAAUAUUAAGGGAUUGGACACGGUAGUGGCAGGAAACAUGUUCCUAAUGUUGGGGGAGUCCAGAACCAUGGGCCAGUUUAAGAAUAAGUGGUAGGCCAUUUAGAACGGAGAUGAGGAAAAACUUUUUCACCCAGAGCUGUGAAUCUGUGGAAUUCUCUGAGCAGAAGGCAGUGGAGGCCAUUUCUAUGGAUGAUUUUAAGGAGAGUUAGAUAGAGCUCUUAAAGAUAGCAGCGUCAGGGGAUAUGGUGAGAAGGCAGGAAUGGGGUGCUGAUUGUGGACGAUCAGUCAUGAUCAAAAUGAAUGGUGGUGCUGGCUCGAAGGGUCGAAUAGCCUACCCCUCGCAGUGAAUCUGGAAUUCUCUGCCACAGAAGGCAGUGGAGGCCAAUUCACUGGAUGCUUUCAACAGAGAGUUAGUUCAAGUUUAAGUUCACAUUUAUUGUCACAUGCUCCAAUUAAGGUACAGUGAUAUUUGAGUUGCCAUACAGCCAUACUAAGUAAAAAACAAAAAUACUCGCAGCGCAUAAAAUAAAGUUUAUCAUAAACAACCACAACAGUGGAAUCAACGUUCCUCACUGUGAUGGCAGUUAAGUCAUCUUCCUCCUUUGUUCACCCGUGAUCGGGGCUGUUGAACCUGCUGCACUUGCUGUUGCCAACGGUCUGCUGUUCAAACCCUCUCGUCGGGAUGAUGGAAUCUCUGGCGUCGGGACAGCUCGGAACACUUCCAUUCUCCCGGGUCGGCCUCUUACCGGAGACCACAGGCUUCACGGUGUUAAAGUCCACAGGCCCUGCCGUCUGAGAUCCUUCACUGGCGUUCCUUGGCAAAGGAUCCCAGGAUCCGCGAUGGUAGGUCUGCAACGUGGCUUGACGCUCCGGGCCUGACUCCAGGAAAGGCUGCACCACUCCACGUUGUUAGGCCGUAGGGCCCCAACCCCCACAUAAGGCGUACCAGAAAACAUUAAAACAAACAUUCUUAAAACAAGACAUACUUAAAAUAAUGAAGCAGAAAAGUGGACGAACAGACUGCUGGCGAGGCAGUCACAACAGUGGCGCCACUCGAUGGAAUUAGAUUUAGUUAGAUUAAGCUCUUCGGACUACUGGAAUCAAGGGAUAUGGGGAGAAAGCAGGAACGGGGUACUGAUUGUGGAUGAUCAGCCAUGAUCAUAUUGAAUGGAGCUGUUGGCUCGAAGGGCAGCAUGGCCUACUCCUGCACCUAUUUCCAACUGUGUGCCUGUGCUGCUAGUUCCCUCCACAACUCACCCCAUCUACCUGCAACGCCACCUUUAGGGGACCGUGUCCCUGUGCUUCUAGAUCCCUCUGCUGAUCCCGAAAGGUCCCUAUUCCUUCUCAUCAGAGAUGCUGCCCAUCCCGCUGAGUUACUCCAGCACAUUGUGUCUAACUACAGUUUAAAGCAGCAUCCGUAGUCCCUUCCUGCACACGUUGAUCGGCCACUGGUGGGCAAAGGGUUGGAACCUUAGACGCUUGGACAGGUACGUGGACAAGGCAGGUUUAGAGGGGAGAAUGGGCCAAAAGUGGGCCAUGGCCACCUUCUCAAGAUGGCGUUUUGAAGGGCGAGACGCUAACAAGAUGACUGUCAACCAGCGACCCCUCACCAAGAUCCCACUAUAAAGCACAGCCCUAGAGGAAAUACCUGAAGUGUCUGAUGGCCAGGUAGAGCACAAGAUCUCGGUCAAAAGCGCUGUAUUUGCACUCUGGAGCUGCCGACUGAAAAACGCCAGAGGCUGCCAGCGGUUGUCCACAAACUGCACCAACAGCAGCAUCCGAUGCGUCAAUGGUGAGCGCUGUGGGGGCGGACAUCCGCGGGUGCACCAGCAUGGUUGCAUUAGCCAGCGCUGCCUGGGCACCCUGGAACCUUCGUUCGCCUCGGCGGACCACACCAGGUCCCGCAGUUUACCCGCCAGGCACUGGAACAGGGGGCGCAUUACGGCAGCAGCCGCCGGCACAAAACUUUGAUAAAAAUUCACCAUACCGACAAACUCCUGCAGCCCCUUGAAAGUGAGUGGCUGUGGAAACGGCCGCAUGGCCUUGACCUUCGUAGGGAGUGACACAGCACCCUGUGGGGUAACCCAGUAUCCCAGAAACGAAAUGGAGACCAAGCCUAACUGACACUUCGUGGGUUUAAUUACCAGGCCAUUUUCGCGGAGACGCUGGAACAAAAGACGCAGGUGGGUGACAUGCUCCGCCUGCAACGCGCUGGCAACCAAAAUGACAUCCAAAUAAAUGAGGACAAAAGGCAGGCCCUGUCCGACUUGGUCCAUGAGCCGCUGGAUCGCCUGAGCGGCGUUCUUCAGGCCGAAAGGCACACAAAAUUCGAACAGGCCGAACGGGGUAAUGGUGGUGGUCUUGGGAAUGUCAUCGGGGCGGACCAGGUCCAUAUUUGAGAAGAAAGUGGCGCCCUUGAGGUGCACGGAGAAAUCCUGUAUAUGAGACACCGGGUAAUGGUCCGCCAUGGUCACAGCAUCGAGGCACCUGUAAUCACCACACGGUCUCCACCCCGCAGAUGCUUUCAGGACCAUAUGGAGCGGGGAGGCCCAUUGGCUGUCGGACCGGCGGACAAUGACCAUGUCUUCCAUCAGUUGGAAUUCAUCCUGGGUGAUGCGCAGCUUGUCCGGUGGCAGGCGGUGCGCCCAAGCAUGCACUGGGGCGCCCUCGGUGGGGAUGUGGUGUACGACCCCGUGUCGGGGAGCCGCCCUGCAGGAAAUAAGAGCGGCUGGGCGACGUUUGCGACGAUAAACUUCCACUUGUACAAGCGGGAGUCAAAAGUGAGGGCAAGGGUCCGCAUACCGUACGUUCGAAUGUCGCUCCCAUUAAUGGCUGAGAGGACAGGGCCCUUCUUACCAGCACGGGUAUCACGGCCGAUUGGGGGAAGAAUGCUGACGAUCACGUCGGGGUCAUCAAUUAGGCAGAUGGAGACCGUUUUAAAUGUCGAUGUUUUAAAUUGGGUUUUAAUCGAAAACGAUUGAACAUGCGAUGAGUCUCACAAACACCAAUAACACAGAUCCAGCCCAGCUCGAUUGACUGAAGGGGCAGAGCCCAGAAAAAGUGCGAAAACGCAACCCCACACAGAGUCACGUGCCCGAGGAACCCAACCGAAGUGUUCGACUACCUGCAAGCACCAGCAGGUGCCGCUACAGCACAUCCUUUUUUUCUUUACAAACUACACAACUGGCACACAUGUCCCCCAUGGGGUGAUAUCUCUUCCCUUGUUCGAAGAGUGACUGCACUUGGCUCAGUCCCUCAAUAUCCAGCCACCGUAGACUGUGGUCUUCCUCCGCAGAGGCUUUGCAUUGGCUGCAACAAGCUUCCUCAGCAUAUUCCUCAGCAUGUACUCCUAUAGCGUGAGUUAAUGAUUGUCCUUAUUUACAAUGGGUAAGGCAAGAAAAUAAAGUAUCUUGUAAUGGAUAUUGUACUAUUGACAACAACUUUGGGAUUUUUGGGUGGAAAAACUACAUGCGUGGAAAUCUCAAAAUUGUAUCGUCAGUUUCAAAGUGGAAUGAUGGUGAAUACUGAAAGUUUUGCAUUAUUUGUUUACAAAAUCAUUUUUUUGUGACUGUAAAAAACCUUGUGAAAUUUGGGAAUUUCAGUAAAUGGUUAAUUAAA